GGAAAGUGAAACGCACAAGCGCACCCAACCUCUCCAGCCCUCCCCGCCCGCCUCGCUCCUCUCCACCCGUCCCCUCCCUUCCCCUCCGCGCCUCCCCGCGAGCGCCAGCGCUGCACACAGGAACUCUCCGGCGAAGGAGGGCGAGAAGGAAGCGGUGCCGGAGCGCGCAGGGCUUGCCGCCGCCGCCGCCGCCGCCGCACAGGCUGCCGGAGCGAGCCCGCCGCGCGCCGCCCUCCCCGCUCUCCUUCCCGGGCGAGCCGCGGGGAUGGGGCGGCCGCGGGAGCCCGAGCGCGCGCAGGAACCGCCGCCGCCGCCGCCCGCGUCUCCGUUGCCGCGCGCCUGAGCCGCCGUCGCCGCCGCGCGCCCUGCCCGGGGGCGGCCCCCCCAGCCCCAUGGAGGUCUCCCGGAGGAAGGCGCCGCCGCGCCCCCCGCGCCCCGCGGCGCCGCUGCCCCUGCUCGCCUAUCUGCUGGCACUGGCGGCUCCCGGCCGGGGCGCGGACGAGCCCGUGUGGCGGUCGGAGCAAGCCAUCGGAGCCAUCGCGGCGAGCCGGGAGGACGGCGUGUUCGUGGCGAGCGGCAGCUGCCUGGACCAGCUGGACUACAGCCUGGAGCGCAGUCUCUCGCGCUUGUACCGGGACCAAGCGGGCAACUGCACGGAGCCGGUCUCGCUGGCGCCCCCCGCGCGGCCCCGGCCCGGGAGCAGCUUCAGCAAGCUGCUGCUGCCCUACCGCGAGGGGGCGGCCGGCCUCGGGGGGCUGCUGCUCACCGGCUGGACCUUCGACCGGGGCGCCUGCGAGGUGCGGCCCCUAGGCAACCUGAGCCGCAGCUCCCUGCGCAACGGCACCGAGGUGGUGUCGUGCCACCCGCAGGGCUCGACGGCCGGCGUGGUGUACCGCGCGGGCCACAACCACUGGUACCUGGCGGUGGCCGCCACCUACGUGCUGCCGGAGCCGGAGACGGCGAGCCGCUGCAACCCCGCGGCAUCCGACCACGACACGGCCAUCGCGCUCAAGGACACGGAGGGGCGCAGCCUGGCCACGCAGGAGCUGGGCCGCCUCAAGCUGUGCGAGGGCGCGGGCAGCCUGCACUUCGUGGACGCCUUUCUCUGGAACGGCAGCAUCUACUUCCCCUACUACCCCUACAACUACACGAGCGGCGCUGCCACGGGCUGGCCCAGCAUGGCGCGCAUCGCGCAGAGCACCGAGGUGCUGUUCCAGGGCCAGGCGUCCCUCGACUGCGGCCACGGCCACCCCGACGGCCGCCGCCUGCUCCUCUCCUCCAGCCUAGUGGAGGCCCUGGACGUCUGGGCGGGAGUGUUCAGCGCAGCCGCCGGAGAGGGCCAAGAGCGGCGCUCCCCCACCACCACGGCGCUGUGCCUCUUCAGGAUGAGUGAGAUCCAGGCGCGUGCCAAGAGGGUCAGCUGGGACUUCAAGACGGCCGAGAGUCACUGUAAAGAAGGGGAUCCACCUGAAAGAGUCCAACCAAUUGCAUCAUCUACCGUGAUCCAUUCCGACCUGACAUCCGUUUAUGGCACCGUGGUAAUGAACAGGACUGUUUUAUUCUUGGGGACUGGAGGUGGCCAGUUACUUAAGGUUAUUCUUGGUGAGAAUUUGACUUCAAAUUGUCCGGAGGUGAUCUAUGAAAUUAAAGAAGAGACACCUGUUUUCUAUAAGCUUGUUCCUGAUCCUGUGAAGAAUAUCUACAUUUAUCUAACAGCUGGGAAAGAGGUGAGGAGAAUUCGUGUUGCAAACUGCAAUAAACAUAAAUCCUGUUCGGAGUGUUUAACAGCCACAGACCCUCACUGCGGUUGGUGCCAUUCGCUACAAAGGUGCACCUUUCAAGGAGAUUGUGUACGUUCAGGGAACUUAGAAAACUGGCUGGAUAUUUUGUCCGGAGCGAAAAAAUGCCCUAGAAUUCAGCUAAUUCGAAGCAGUAGAGACAAGACUACAGUGACUAUGGUGGGAAACUUCUUUCCCAGACACUCAAAGUGCAUGGUGAAGAAUAUGGACUCCAGCAGGGAGCUCUGCCAGAAUAAAAGUCAGCUCAACUGGACCUGCACCUGUAGCAUCCCAACCAGAGCAGCCUACAGAGAUGUUUCAGUUGUCAACGUGAUGUUCUCCUUCGGUUCUUGGAAUUUAUCAGGCAGAUUCAACUUUACCAACUGCUUAUCAUUAAAAGAUUGCCCAGCAUGCGUGAAAACUGGCUGCGCGUGGUGUAAAAGUGUGAGAAGGUGUAUCCACCCCUUCACAGCUUGUGACCCUUCUGAUUAUGAGAGAAACCAGGAACAAUGUCCAGUGGCUGUCAUGAAGACGUCAGGAGGAGGAAGACUGAAGGAGAAUAAGGGGAACAGAACCAACCAGGCUUUACAGGCCUUCUACAUUAAGUCCAUUGAGCCACAGAAAAUAUCGACAUUAGGGAAAAGCAACGUGAUAGUAACGGGAGCAAACUUUACCCGGGCAUCCAACAUCACAAUGAUCCUGAAAGGAACCAGUACCUGUGAUAAGGAUGUGAUACAGGUUAGCCAUGUGCUAAAUGACACCCACAUGAAAUUCUCUCUUCCAUCAAGCCGGAAAGAAAUGAAGGAUGUGUGUAUCCAGUUUGAUGGUGGGAACUGCUCUUCCGUGGGACCCUUAUCCUACAUUGCUCUGCCACAUUGUUCCCUUAUAGUUCCAGCUACCACCUGGAUCAGCGGUGGUCAAAAUAUAACCAUGAUGGGCAGAAAUUUUGAUGUAAUUGAUGACUUAAUCAUUUCACCUGAAUUUAAAGGAAACAUAAAUGUCUCUGAGUAUUGUGUGGCGACUUACUGCGGGUUUUUAGCCCCCAGUUUAAAGAGUUCAAAAGUGCGCACAAAUGUCACUGUGAAGCUGAAGGUACAAGAUACCUACUUGGAUUGUGGAACCCUGCAGUAUCAGGAGGACCCCAAAUUCACAGGGUAUCGGGUAGAAUCCGAGGUGGACACAGAACUGGAAGUGAAAAUUCAAAAAGAGAAUGAUAACUUCAACAUUUCCAAGAAUGACAUUGAAAUUACUCUUUUCCACGGGGAAAAUGGGCAAUUAGAUUGCAGUUUUGAAAAUAUUACUAGAAACCAAGAUCUCACCACCAUCCUUUGCAAAAUUAAGGGCAUCAAGACUGCAAGCACCAUCGCCAACUCUUCUAAGAAAGUUCGUGUCAAACUGGGAAACCUGGAGCUCUACGUGGAGCAGGAGUCAGUUCCUUCCACGUGGUAUUUUCUGAUUGUGCUCCCUGUCUUGCUAGUGAUUGUCAUUUUUGCGGCCGUGGGGGUGACCAGGCACAAAUCGAAGGAGCUGAGUCGCAAACAGAGUCAACAACUAGAAUUGCUGGAAAGCGAGCUCCGGAAAGAGAUACGUGAUGGCUUUGCUGAGCUGCAGAUGGAUAAAUUGGAUGUGGUGGAUAGUUUUGGAACGGUUCCCUUCCUUGACUACAAACAUUUUGCUCUGAGAACUUUCUUCCCUGAGUCAGGUGGCUUCACACACAUCUUCACUGAAGAUAUGCAUAACAGAGACGCCAGUGACAAGAAUGAAAGUCUCACAGCUUUGGAUGCCCUAAUCUGUAAUAAAAGCUUUCUUGUUACUGUCAUCCACACCCUUGAAAAGCAGAAGAACUUUUCCGUGAAGGACAGGUGUCUGUUUGCCUCCUUCCUGACCAUUGCACUGCAAACCAAGCUGGUCUACCUGACCAGCAUCCUGGAGGUGCUGACCAGGGACUUGAUGGAACAGUCUAGCAACAUACAACCUAAACUCAUGCUGAGACGCACAGAGUCCGUGGUGGAAAAACUCCUCACAAACUGGAUGUCUGUCUGCCUUUCUGGUUUCCUCCGGGAGACUGUUGGAGAGCCCUUCUAUUUGCUGGUGACGACUCUGAACCAGAAAAUUAACAAGGGUCCCGUGGAUGUAAUUACUUGCAAAGCCCUGUACACGCUUAACGAAGACUGGCUGUUGUGGCAGGUUCCGGAAUUCAGUACUGUGGCAUUAAACGUCGUCUUUGAAAAAAUCCCGGAAAACGAGAGUGCAGAUGUCUGUCGGAAUAUUUCAGUCAAUGUUCUCGACUGUGACACCAUAGGCCAAGCCAAAGAAAAGAUUUUCCAAGCAUUCUUAAGCAAAAACGGCUCUCCUUAUGGACUUCAGCUGAAUGAAAUUGGUCUUGAGCUUCAGGUGGGCACACGACAGAAGGAACUCCUGGAUAUCGACAGUUCCUCUGUGAUUCUCGAAGAUGGAAUCACCAAGCUCAACACCAUUGGCCACUAUGAGAUAUCAAAUGGAUCCACUAUAAAAGUCUUUAAGAAGAUAGCAAAUUUUACUUCAGAUGUGGAAUACUCAGACGACCACUGCCAUUUGAUUUUACCAGAUUCGGAAGCAUUCCAAGAUGUGCAAGGAAAGAGACAUCGAGGGAAGCACAAGUUCAAAGUAAAAGAAAUGUAUCUGACAAAGCUGCUGUCUACCAAGGUGGCAAUUCACUCUGUGCUUGAAAAACUUUUCAGAAGCAUCUGGAGUUUACCCAACAGCAGAGCCCCAUUUGCUAUAAAAUACUUUUUUGACUUCUUGGAUGCCCAGGCUGAAAACAAAAAAAUCACAGAUCCUGAUGUCGUACAUAUUUGGAAAACAAACAGCCUUCCUCUUCGCUUCUGGGUAAACAUCCUGAAGAACCCUCAGUUUGUCUUUGACAUUAAGAAGACGCCACACAUAGAUGGCUGUUUGUCAGUGAUUGCCCAGGCAUUCAUGGAUGCAUUUUCUCUCACAGAACAGCAACUAGGGAAGGAAGCACCAACUAAUAAGCUUCUCUAUGCCAAGGAUAUCCCAACCUACAAAGAAGAAGUAAAAUCUUAUUACAAAGCAAUCAGGGAUUUGCCUCCAUUGUCAUCCUCAGAAAUGGAAGAAUUUUUAACUCAGGAAUCUAAGAAACACGAAAAUGAAUUUAAUGAAGAAGUGGCCUUGACAGAAAUUUACAAAUACAUCGUAAAAUAUUUUGAUGAGAUUCUAAAUAAACUAGAAAGAGAACGAGGGCUGGAAGAAGCUCAGAAACAACUCUUGCAUGUAAAAGUCUUAUUUGAUGAAAAGAAGAAAUGCAAGUGGAUGUAAGCACUCUGGGCCCUGGCUUAAUCUGACAAAGUUCUUCAGACGACUUGGGAGCAAAAUGGCUGCUUGAGCUACUCUGUGUCGUUAAUUUCUUGUUUGCACAUAGGUUCCACUUUGAGCACUGUCUUUUUAAGAGACCAAGGCACAUGCACAGCUUUUAGAAAGCAUACCAACCAUUGUGCCUGUGUGUAUACUGUGGGAACCCUUCUGUAAAUAGAGUUGAAGUGGUUGUUGCAAACAGCCUCCUUGUUUACAGAGAAUACAGGGCCAGUAAGCAAGGGUCAGUAUUGUAACUACAGUCUCCACUUAAGCACAAUGAUACAAGUGGUUUUAUUUGAAAACUCCAGCUAUGUAGCACUUGGGCUACACUGCACCUCUGCACUGUAAAGGGAUACUGCCAGUGCUCAAAACAAAAUGUGAAAUGAGUCAUCUGGAAACAAGGUGGGGGUGUUAAGGCAACCUCGAGGAUUUGCAGCAUUGAAACUUUCCCCAGUAGUUCUUGGAAAAGGCGACCGCAGAAUUUGGUAGUGUACACUUAGCAUUUGUGAGUGUGUGUGUGUGUUUAAACCAAAAACUAACAGUGUUGCAACAUUGUUGAAAGGGCUCGUGUUUUUCAGUGGUCAUCAACUGCACUCCAUCAGACUCACCUCCAUUUCACCAAGGACCUCUAAAGUAAGGAGAGUGAGUGGGCUUUAUUUAAAUGAACAGCAUUUUAACCAGAUACUUUGUCCUAAUGUAUGUUCCCUUUUUUUCUCAUCUCUUUUUUCAUACUAAAUGUAUUUGAUAGUGGACAUGUUGGAUAUUAUACAAAAAAAUCAUUAAUUCAUUGUUUCAAAACCUUUGAUCAGAACAAUCUGUGGAAAAGUAACUCCAUUUCUAUAUGAGUGUCUCCUUGCUUUAGAUUUCUGGUGAACCCUGUGGUUAUAAAUACUUGUGUGUGAUUUAAAAAAGAUACAUUUUACAUUUCAUCAAAUUGCUGUUCACACUGGAGUAUUAUAUAUAAAUAUAUAUAUUUGAGGCCCAAGGCCUGAAAAAUAUUAGUAUACAACUUGGUAUCUUAGUCUUACUAUGUACUUUUUGAAAGUAUUCCUCACAGGAGAAAGAAUUUAAAAUGCCCAUUUAUUCAUGCCUUUUUUUUUUUUUUUAAAGAAUUCUCUAUCCAGUUAUACUGUAGUCUUUUUAGUGCUGAUUUUUUAUUCCUGAAUUUUUGCUGCUCAUGACCAAUUUUAAUACCACUGUGUUUUCCUUCUAUUAAACCAGAAGAAGUAAACAGCAUAAUUGGCAACUCUUGAGCUUUUCUUGUGGCAGGCACCUUUUACCCUUGGUGCUCCAAAUUCCCCCUCUAGGAAAGAAAGUUUUUCAAGUCAAAUAACAUUGAUCACAUAUUCCUUGAAAUCAUUUACCAACAAUUUAUGGAGCAUCAGGAUUUAAAUAUGGAUUUGUCUUAGAUAAAUGCAAUUCCUUUUUGCUCCUGAAUUAUCUGGAAAAGCAUGAGAGCGGUGACACCUCUACAAACUGAUCAGGAAAAUAAGCAGUUAGUUACUACCCCUGAUAGGCACCUUCCCGAUCCUGUUGCUUUUGACCAUUGUCUGUCCGAUGGACACACCUCAAACAAAACUACCAAAUAGGUUACAUAUCAGAAUAAAGGUGAGAGGUCUGGUCCCCAUCUAAGGCUGCUACAGGCUUCAAACAGGCGAAGGAGUUCAUAAGAGAACAAAAGUAGGAGAGUUGAGAGCCAAGAGUAGGAGAGUUGCCCAAAAGACUUCCCCUACUUUAGGGUACUAAAAACUCAAAGGAUCAGCUACAGCUUUAUCUAAGUAUUUACUAAAUGCUACAUGAGGGUGUCCCUGUCCAGCUUUCUGGCACAUGAGUCCUGUGUGGAGAGUUACCUCCUCUUCCAGGGACUGUGCUGUUGGGAACUUUGGGCAAGUCACUUACCUCUUUGUGCCUCAAUUUCUGUAUAAUAUUUCUAAACUACCUCACUGAGGUGGUAUGAAGAUUCACUAAUGUAUGUAGCGUGUUUGUCAAUCCUCCAGUGAAAAGCACUAUCUAGAUCACAUUUUGGAUCACAUUAGCCAAAUGCAGUAAAUGGCCAAAUUAGAUGUGUGCUGAAGACAAUCAGUCACUGGGUCUAUAUUAAACAGCAACCAGAGCAACAAAUGGCAAACAAUUUCUAUUUUCAAGUUUCUUUGCAUAUUUUUUUGGUGCAAAACAAUUCAUUUAUAAACUUUUUUUUCUAACAAACACUAGUGUCUACAGCAGCAUUUAAAAAAUUCUGUUACCUUUUCUGUAUUAGGAUUUAAAGUCUAUUUCUUAUUGUAUACCUGAUUGAAGCUGUUCUUCGAGAUGAAUGUUUUAAAUGUCUAUAUCCAAAAAAUAAACAUUUUGAUGUAA